GCAUCAGCACCUCCACACCGAAGCAGGCGAGAAGCCGCUGGAAGAGGAUGCUCUCCGGCAUGUUCCGCUCGGCAGCUCGAGGACCCACAGCCUGACGAUGCUGCGGCUAACCGUGAGACCGACGGCGUGCUUUUAUCACGUUCAUUCUGCCCCGCUGCGUCCAUUCAUCAUGCACCAUUCAUGCGCCUCCACGAAUGGAAGCCCGCCUCGAGGAAAGCAUUAAAAUAGCGCAGUUAGCUCGCCUGCACCGCGCGCGUUCUCGCAUGUUUUUCAUGUAGGUCGGAGGGAUGAAGACCCCGGUUGCGUCUUUCGAGGGCGCCGCGUGAACGUUGGGCUGAAAACACGAGCGAGCCAAGCGAACAAAAGGCAUCCUAGCCCUCCUCCUCUGACGCACCUGGCUGCCCUGUCGCCACCUGACAUGACAGCGCAGAGCCGGGAGCAGGGCAGCAGGAUUAAGGGGCACCGACGUGCGGCCGGACGUGCGGACUCGACACGGAGCAGAGGACGUCUGGCGGAGAGGCAGCAGCAGCCCAGGGGAGGCCGGAUUGCAGUUUCUGCGGACGAGCGCCAAGGGCAGUGCGGCAGUCAGCAGUCAGACCGGGGGGAGGAGGCUGCAGAKAUCUGUGAUAUACUCCCCCCUAACUCCAGUCUCCACACCAUCCUGAACAUAUGAUGGUGGAUGUUCCUAUGCUCCAUUUAUGGUGACUGUGGCAUCCCCCAAUCCACCUCUCAACUUUUUCCAACCAAUCAGUGAUGAUGAUGUGCAGUUAAAGGUAAGGUUUGCUCUCCGGGCAACGGGUGGAGCCCUGAGGGGACCGAUGAGCAUACUGGCCAGGUAUCACUCCCUCCCGUCUUCUCUGGUUCUGCUCCUCCUGCUUGGCACUAUGGGCUGUAUUCAGAGCAUCGCCUGCAAGCCCCGCAUCCGACGGGAGAACAUUGUGGUGUAUGAGGUGUCCGCCUCCAUCGACCAGUGUCCCACCAUCAUCGAGGAGAACUCACCCAUCGUGCUCCGUUACAAGACACCAUACUUCAGGGCCUCAGCGGGAGUUGUGAUGCCACCGGUGCCCCGCAAUGAAACCUGGGUGGUGGGCUGGAUCCAGGCCUGUACCCAGAUGGAGUUCUACAACACAUAUGGUGACAUUGGCAUGUCCAGCUGGGAGUUGCCAGAGCUCCGAGAGGGUCGGGUAAAGGCCAUCAGCGACUCAGAUGGUGUCAGCUACCCCUGGUACGGCAACACAACGGAGACGGUGACCCUCACCGGCCCUACGUCCAAACCGUCCCGCCUGACAGUUAGCAUGAAUGAUAACUUCUAUCCCAGUGUGACCUGGGCAGUCCCCAUCAGCAACAGCAACACACCCAUGCUGACCCACAUCACCAGAGACCAGAGUUUCAUCACCUGGUUGGUGGCCAUGAACUCCGUCACCAAGGAGCGUAUUGUGUUGCAGACAGUUCGGUGGCGGAUGCGGGUCGACAUCGCCGUGGAUCCAGACAUGCCUCUGGGCUCUCGAGCAUCACUGGUGGGCCGACCCUACCAGGAGCAGCCGCACAUCCUCAACUACCAGGAGCCAAUCCCCCCCAACGCACUCGGAAGGCCGAACGCCAACGACGCUCAAGUGCUGAUGUGGAGGCCACGGAGAGGGGCACCGCUUGUGGUCAUACCGCCAAAAUAAUAGUCUUUAUAUAUAGGUGCUCCCUUCAGCAGGAAAAAAAAAGUUGUGAAGCCUGAUGGUUUUCAUGUGGCUCCUGUUACAAAAAGCCAAAGUGGAAGUGACAUCCAGGAUCUGAAACACCACGUCAAUAAAUAAAUAAAGAAAACCACAAACCUACAACUGGCUGUCGUUAAGAACCUUGGAGGCAUCGAGGAUCAAGAAGUUCUGAACUGCCCGAUGAGCUUUGCCUGCAUUUUAGCAAAGAACAUACAGUUUUUACACAAACUACAGAAGUAUUCCCCUCCAAGAAGAACUGCAUCCUGUGUCCUUCCGUAGACCUUUUUGCAUGAGAAUGAAUAGACUGAAAGUCCUUGACAAAGAUUAAGAGUAUCACUUGUUUUAUAAAACUUCUUACCUGAAGACAUAUUGACGAGGAAAAAAUACUGCAGGCUUGUUUAACCUCGUCUGUGCCAACAAAGGCCUUUUCAGCACACCGGCACCGGUGGUAAAGGAUGUAAUCAGAUCCUUUCAUAGACACUAUUAUACAAGUCUUUUUUUAGGUUAAGAUUAAACGCGUACAUCAGAUUGUAUUAAAAGCACCCACUUGGCACAAAGUCUGGAAGAGGAAACAAUAUUGUUGCAGUUUUUACUGGAGUUUUGCCAUAGACACCAAACUUAUAUUUUCAGCACACGGGCCUCUUGUGCAGCCAGUAUUGUAUUCAAAUGGGUGACCAACCAUCAGAGAGAUGAGCUGGACCUCUUUCUGCAUUAAAUAAAACAUGUCAGACAAGCUUA